GAAAGAGGUACACCGGUGUAUCUAACGGUUUAAUUACAUAAAUUCCUGUGUUUCCAUACGAUACGAUGUGUGGAUGUGCAAAGCCGUCUGUCUGUCCAGUCCACUCUUACUCUUACCGUUUUCCUCUCGGUUCAAUUGAGAUGAGAUGAGUGAGAUUGGAGAAGUAUAUGAGUGUCAGGUAUUCCCCGGAUUGUUUUAUUGAUUUUUUUAUUUUUUUGGUUCGAUUUGAUUGGAACUUCAAUUUUUAUUGUGAGAGCUGAGAGGGAUGCGUAUAAAUACAAUACUGUCGUAAAGAUCCGACUGCGCUCGCUUUGAAUUUUUUUGUAUUAUUUUUUUUUACCUACGUAUAUAUAUACUUCUAUAUACAUACCUACGUACAGAGAGAUAUUUAUAUCUGCUCGCCGCAGUUUCUGUUUGACAUUCGUUUUACGGGGGAUUCUUUUUGACAUAUAAAGAACGGCUUUAUAUUACCUCUUCACACAUUUCUGCAACUGAUUGCGCUCGUUGUUCCUGUUUGUGUGGGAAUUUCAUGAUUGAAUCGUUCAUUAAUCUGCUGUUCACUAUUUAUCAAUUUUUCAAGUGGAAGUCCGCGCAUCUUUCUUCAUCAUGCGAGUCGUACGGAUUUUGAGUCUAGUCGCGCAAUCGGUGAUGGUGGUGAGAGGGACAUCUUUGACUUGUCAAACGCAGAUUGAUCCAAGUAGUGUCAGUGUUGCUACACGCUCUCAAUGGUGUACAUCUCAAGUCAACACAUGCGGAACCCUUUGCGGUGGUGUCACGGAUGAAAAUUCUUGUGAUAUAACAUCCCUCUGCUACGAAUGCACCUGCACAUCCAACUCCUCAUCUCCCGCGCUCCAGCUGUACAUCUCCACAAUCCCAUUCUUUGUAUGCGAGCAAAGAUACAUGAAUUGUAUCUUAGCCGGGGAAGACGAUCCCGCUGCCCAGAAAAUAUGUAGAGCUAUCGAAGAAGAAAAUUGCGGCACGCUAGAUCCAGAUACUGUUUCUUCUUUCGCUUCUACUUUGCCGUCUAGAUCGACAGGGAUACCCACCCCCAUACCUCAGAUGACGUCGCAAACGGAAACGAGUACGGGUACGGAGGAUCUGAUAACUAGCACGACGAAAACGGUCACGCCUACCCCGACAGGAACGACGACUGUGUGGACUACUUCUACGGCUUCUUCUGGGUCGGAAAGUUCGGGUAAUGGAACGACGGGGAGUGGGAGUUCAAGUGAAAGUGCAGGUGCAAGUGCUACGCGGAGUUUGUCGUCGUCAUCGGGGGUGACGGAUGUUAGUAGCGGUAGUGGUAGUACUGCAACGUCGACAGUGUCGAGGACGAGUAGUUCGGGGACGGCGACGGGAACAGCGAUACGAACGAGUGCACCGAGUACUAUUAGUGAGGGUGGGGCGGAGAGAAUGAGAAUUGGGGCAACGCGGAUGAUUUGGGGUGUGUUGAUGGCUGUAGGUGGAUUUGGGUUCAUGUGAGAUAGUAGGGGGUUAUAGGAGAGUGAAUUUCCUAAGUUGGGGGAGAUGUCGAGUGAUAAUGAAGGAAAUGUGGAGGAAAUAAUGAAGAAAUGUUAACAUCCCACGAUGAAGUGAGGAUGAGAAAUCAAGCGAGAAAUGAAUUGGAAAUUGCCGAGGAAUUUAAUACCCAUUUGAAUAUGUA